AAAUUUGCUCUGCUCCCCAGCCCAUCACCAGUCAUAGUCCCUAGUAGUCCAAAGAACGCAGUACUCUCUUCCACGACCGCACCAUGGACGCCGAUUUGUUGUAGAAAAUAAUUAGUGCGGCGCACGCAGCACCGCGUCGCACUCGUUUCUUCCUAACUAAUCAUCUCCGCGGGUGAUCCAUCGGCGGUCACAAAGCCAUGUCCUGAGUCCUGAGCUCGGUUUGUUUUGUGUUUUUAGAUAAACGAGAGCUCGGUUUGUGGCGUCCGAUUCGAGCAUGGGAAGACGCGCGCUCUCGCUUCUGAUCCCCAUCCUCAUCAUCGUGGCAACCACCACCUUCUUCGUCUCUCCCUCCGUCGCCACCGACGCCAUCGACCAGACCGCGUCCAUCACCGGCAACCAGACGCUGGUCUCCGCGGGCGGGAUCUUCGAGCUGGGCUUCUUCAGCCCGCCCGGCGGCAGGACGUACCUCGGCAUUUGGUACGCGAGCAUCCCGGGCCAGACCGUCGUGUGGGUCGCCAACCGCCAGGACCCGCUCGUCAGCACCCCGGGCGUCCUCAGGCUCUCCCCCGACGGCCGCCUCCUCAUCCUCGACCGCCAGAACGCCACCGUGUGGUCUUCCCCGGCGCCCACGAGGAACCUGACCACGCUCGCCUCCGCCAAGCUCCGCGACGACGGCAACUUCCUCCUCAGCUCCGAUGGCAGCGGCUCCCCUGAGAGCGUGGCGUGGCAGAGCUUCGAUUACCCGACGGACACGCUGCUCCCGGGGAUGAAGCUCGGGGUGGACCUCAGGAGGCGCCUCGCCAGGAACCUCACGUCCUGGACCAGCCCCACCGACCCGUCCCCUGGCCCUUACACGUUCAAGAUCGUCCUGGGCGGCCUGCCGGAGUUCAUCCUCUUCAAGGGCCCGGCCAAGAUCUACGCCAGCGGGCCGUACAACGGGGCCGGGCUCACGGGCGUGCCAGACCUCAGGUCCCCGGACUUCCACUUCAAGGUGGUGUCGAGCCCCGACGAGACGUACUACAGCUACUCCAUCGCCGACCCGGACUCCACGCUGCUGUCGCGGUUCGUCAUGGACGGCGCCGCGGGGCAGGUGCAGCGGUUCGUGUGGACCAACGGCGCCUGGAGCAGCUUCUGGUACUACCCGACGGACCCUUGCGACAGCUACGGCAAGUGCGGGCCGUUCGGGUACUGCGACAUCGGGCAAUCCCCGCUGUGCAGCUGCCUGCCGGGGUUCCAACCGAGGUCGCCGCAGCAGUGGAGCCUCAGGGACAACGCCGGCGGCUGCGCCAGGACGACCAACCUGAGCUGCGGGCCUGGAGACGGGUUCUGGCCGGUGAACCGGAUGAAGCUUCCGGAGGCCACCAACGCGACGAUGUACGCCGGGCUGACGCUGGACCAGUGCAGGCAGGCGUGCCUGGCCAACUGCAGCUGCAGGGCGUACUCCGCCGCCAACGUGAGCGGGGGAGUCAGCCGCGGGUGCGUCGUCUGGACCGUCGAUCUGCUUGACAUGAGGCAGUAUCCGUCCGUCGUGCAGGACGUGUACAUCCGGCUCGCACAGUCUGAGGUCGAUGCCUUGAACGCCGCCGCAGCUAACAGCCGGCGGCAUCAUCCGAACAGGAGCUUGGUGAUCGCCAUCGUCGCCGCAGUUUCCGGCGUGCUUCUUCUGGGGUUGGUGGUUGCCUGCUGCUGUUUCUGGAGGAAGAAGGCAGGCAAGAAGCGUCAGUUCGAAAACACACCGAGCAGUCAGGGCGACGUGCUUCCAUUCAGGGCCAGGAAACAUCCCGCACUGAGCUCACCACAGGAUCAACGGCUGGAUGGGAACAGGAUGAGCACCGAAAACGAUCUUGACCUUCCGUUGUUCGAUCUAGAAGUGAUCAUGGCCGCAACAGAUAACUUCUCGGAGGACAGUAAGAUAGGACAAGGUGGAUUUGGCCCCGUUUAUAUGGCAAAGCUUGAGGAUGGACAAGAAGUAGCUGUGAAGAGGUUAUCUAGGAGAUCGGUACAAGGGGUUGGGGAAUUCACAAACGAGGUAAAGCUGAUAGCAAAGCUUCAGCAUAGAAACCUUGUGAGGCUGUUAGGCUGCUGCAUCGACGAUGACGAGAGGAUGCUCGUGUACGAGUUCAUGCACAACAACAGCUUAGACACAUUCAUAUUUGAUGAAGGGAAGCGCAAGUUACUAGAAUGGAAGAUCCGUUUUGAGAUUAUUAUGGGCAUUGCACGAGGUCUCCUAUAUCUCCACGAGGAUUCAAGGGUCAGGAUCAUCCAUAGGGAUCUAAAGGCAAGCAAUGUGCUACUAGACAGAAAUAUGAUCCCCAAAAUCUCAGACUUUGGUAUCGCAAGGAUGUUUGGAGGUGAUCAGACAACUGCAUACACAAUCAAGGUCAUCGGGACAUACGGCUACAUGUCUCCGGAAUAUGCAAUGGAUGGCGUGUUCUCUAUGAAAUCAGAUAUCUACAGCUUCGGUGUCCUGGUGCUAGAGAUCAUCACUGGCAAGAGGAAUCGAGGCUUUUACGAUCAUGAGCUAGAUCUAAACCUCCUUGGUUACGCAUGGAUGUGCUGGAAAGAAGGUCGGGGUGUGGAUUUGCUGGAUGAAUCAAUGGGCGGCAAACCUGACUACAGUGCGGUGCUCAGAUGCAUACAGGUUGCUCUCCUGUGUGUUGAAGUGCAUCCUAGGAAUAGGCCACUAAUGUCUUCAGUUGUCAUGAUGCUAAGCAGCGAGAAUGCAACAUUGCCAGAGCCAAAUGAGCCUGGGGUAAACAUAGGGAAGAACUCAUCAGACACGGAUUCAUCUCACACCCAUACUGGAACCAAUUUUACAGGAACUGCAAUAGAUGCUAGGUAGUUUGGGGUACAUAUUCUUGUCGCUUUCUUGCUCUAGUGAAUAGUUUGUACAGCAAAGGCAUUUUAUUUCACCACUUGUCACAAACUCUUGUGAAGUUCAUUUAUAACAGGCAUCAAGGAGAACUUGUAGGUAUUGUACACAUACAAAAGCUACUGCAUUGAAUAAACCUGUGCCGAUGUGUCAUGCUUGUU